GACGCACUAGUAAACAAUUCUGCGUAGCAAAAUAGCUCACAGCAGAGGCACAUUUUGCUAUCUGUCGACAGGGCUAGAUAGAUUUCUGUUUUAGAAACUAAUUAUUAAACUAUUCUAAACUAUUCAACUAUUCUCAUUGUUUCAGAAGCUUUGCUAAGUAAAAUGGAUAUGAAAAAACGUGCAACAUCGGCAGGCUACCGUUUACCGGAUCCCAGAAAUGUGACACAGUCGUUGGUGUCUAUGGUUCCAGGUAAAAUACACAACACAGGUGCCCGCAAGGAUUCGAGUCCCGACACCCGUGACCCAGUCAAGCAGGAUCAAGUGUGGCGGGAAUUCGUGCACGCCGAAAUGAAAGGAGCGAAGGAGUGGCAGAAGAAUUGGAGUUUUCUCAAAAACUAUGACCAGUUGGGUGAACUCCAAUCAGAGACCCCAUUACCAAGGCACGUGUCACUUUACUCUGACCACCUCCCCAACACCGCUAACCAAAUGUUGGGAAGUCGCCUCUACACCCAUCUGGGUAUGGAGCUGGUGAGGAUGGAUAAGUUGCUACUUCUGAGCAGAAGCCAUCACAAGUGCAAGCAAAGCCUGGAUCUGCUGUCUUGUUAAGGGCAGCCGUAGUCCAUGGUCCAUCUGACACAUCCUUCCAUCCCAGUUCUUAUUCACUUCAUAGCCUUGUUGUCAUUGUUGCCAAGUUAAGCCUCAUAUUUUUAGAGAUAAUUUAUUACGGUUCAUAUUUUGCGUUUUUAUGUGUGGUAGUUUUCCUUGGAAGCUGCUACAAUCCCCUCUGCCUGAUAAAAUAAUACAUUUUGCAUAAUUUGGUUUGACAAACUUAGUGCCAUAAUACUGUUAUGUUAGCCCAGAGGUGAUCCCAAAUGCCAUGCGUUUCAUUAAAGGAGACCAAAUUACAAAC